CUCAUUAUCAGUUAACCGCAGGUUUACUGUGCCCAUUUAUAAAUAUACGAGGACCGCGUUCUCUUUCUUUCUACUUCUCUUUUUCUCUAUUUGUAAAGUAUCAAGAUGCAAAAACCUCAGCGCGUAGCUGUUCAAAAGGAAACAAUUACAGCUUUCUCCACAUAUAAAUAUUUUCACUCGCCAACUAAUAAAUUUAAUCACCUCGAUGCUAAAGAUAUUAAAGAAGAAAUUGCAAAAGCAAAGUUUUAUAAAAAUGGUUCAAUAUUAUCUAGAGAAAUUGUUACUGAAAAUCAAGAGAAACCAGUUGUAAAAGUCGUGAACAACGAUUGUUUAAUAGAAGCUUUGGAGUUAAAGAAGAAAGGUUAUAGACCUUUGGUAUUAAACAUGGCUUCUGCAACAAGUGUUGGUGGAGGUUAUAAAAAUGGAGCGGGAGCUCAAGAAGAGAAUCUAUUUCGUCGUACUAAUCUUUUCCAAUAUCACGAAUCUAACAAAAAAGAUUGGUAUCCCAUACCGGAAAUAGGAGGAAUAUAUUGUCCUAACGCAACAAUUAUUAGAUCUAGUGAGCAAGAUCAAUAUGAAUUUUUGGAAGUCCCUGAGAUGAUGUCUUUUGUGGCAGUGGCAGCAAUGCGUAGCCCAAGGUUGGUUAAAAAUCACUCCGGAGAGUUUGCAUUAGUUCCCGAAGCAAAAAAAUUAACACAACGGAAAAUACAAGCGAUCCUUAAUAUAGGACUAGAUAAUGGUCACGACGCGAUAGUUCUCAGUGCAUUUGGAUGCGGGGCUUAUCGUAACCCACCGUCCAUUAUGGCUCAGUUAUUUUAUGAAGUGAUUUCAACCGAAUACGCUGGUGGUGGAGUGAAUUUGCCUAAAACUUAUCGUCAUAUAUCUUUUGCUAUAAUUGAUGAUCAUAACUCAAAUAAAGAACAUAACCCGGAAGGAAACUUUUUACCUUUCCAGAAUAAAUUUGCUAACGGUUUAGAUGAUAGACCAAUUAGCGAUAUCUCUGACGCAAUGGAUUCUAUCCAAGAAUCAUCAGAACAAGUAAAUCAGCAGAAUUUGCUUAAUAAUAAUAAUAAUAAUAAGAGUAAGAAUGAGGAUAAUUAUGAUUAUCGAAGGAAUAAUGUCCAAAAUCGACGACCAUAUAAUGAGAUAAGGGGCAAAGGAAGAGGGAAAGUUAGAGGAGGAUUUGGACGAGAAGGAUCGUCACAGACUCAUGGCAAGCAGAUGACCUUGGAUGCAGUUUGGAAAUAUAAACCAUCACAGGAUCAUAUAGAUCAAUUGAUAAGGAUGGGAUAUUCAGCGAAAAUUUCAAAACGGGCAUUAUACACCACUGAAGGAAAUAUGGAAGAAGCUGUAAAUUGGCUAAUGCAAAAUGCAAUAUCUGAUAAAAUGAUAAGUCUUAGCAUUGAUAAAAAUGAAUCGUGAAUUAAUGUAUCACGUGAUAUACUACCCAUUCACGCUGUUUAUUUUUUUGCCUAAUAAAAUUAAUUAACGUAUUGAUUAACCACUCUUUUAGAAAUAAAAUAAA